AUGAGCACGGAUCUAGAGCACAUGUCGCUCAACUCCUCCUCGGCCAACUCUGUGGCCUCGAGUGCCCGCACGCUGUCAGCCAACGUCAAGAAGCUGCACAACGCGCUAAACCUGCUGCUUAACGACUUGGAGCGGGAGCAGUUCAUUCACUGCCUCAACGUGUACCACUCCAAGCGUAAUGUUUACGACCUGGUUCAAACCCUCAAAGUCAUUCUCAAUGCGCCCAGCAAACGCCAACUUCUGCCCAUGCUACGGCUGGUCAUUCCCCGCUCCGACCAGCUUUUGUUUGACCAGUACACCUCGGAGGGCCUUUACUUGAAAUCGGAUUUACUUACCAGAAAUGGGAGCGCCGAAGCGGUGGGCGAAGGUUCCAGUGCGAGUCCAACUCCCCCCGGAUCUCAGGUUGCGCUGCGCAGCUCCCCGGAUAGUUUCAGCACCUGCAGUGAUGGGACAGCUCCCCUCGUACCGCUUCUCGGGAGAAGCUUCCUGCACGAGCCUCCAGGAGAGGUCCGACAGGUGACCCUGAAACGGCACAAGAGCAACGAGGGCUUGGGCUUCAGUAUCCGCGGCGGCUCAGAGCACGGGGUCGGAAUCUAUGUGUCUCUGGUGGAGCCAGGAUCCCUGGCGGAGAAAGAGGGACUGAGGAUUGGAGAUCAGAUUAUGAAAGUCAACAGCACAGUGUUCGAUAAAGUCACGCACGCUGAAGCGGUGAAGGUGUUGAAGGGCAGUAAGAAGCUGUCCCUGUCGGUGCAGUCGGUGGGGCGUAUCCCAGGGGGUUAUGUCACUAACCAUGUGUACACCUGGGUGGACCCUCAGGGUCACAGUGUCCCCCCUCCCCCUGACCUCCCAGAGCACCGCAGUGCCACCCUGAGACGCACCGACAGCCAACGACGCAGCACCAUGCAGAUACUGCAGGAGGGAGAAGAGAAGAAGGUGAACCUGGUAUUGGACGAUGGCCGUUCACUAGGUCUGAUGAUCCGGGGUGGGGCAGAGUAUGCCUUAGGGAUCUACAUCACCGGAGUGGACCGGGGUUCUGCCGCAGAGUGUGGUGGACUUAAGGUGGGCGACCAGAUCCUGGAGGUGAACGGGUGCAGCUUCCUGGGUAUCCCCCAUGACGAGGCGGUGCGCGUGCUCAAGUCAUCGCGCCACCUGAUAAUGACUGUGAAGGACGUGGGACGCUUGCCACAUGCCAGGACAGUAGUGGGGGAGACCAAGUGGAUUGCCAGCUCCCAAAUCGCUGAGAGUUCCGCCAGCGGCAGUGUGGCUGGCUUGUCCAUGGACCAAGGAGCAUCAGGAAGGAUGGUUUUCUAUAAGGGUAUGGCUGGCUCCCAGGUGACCCUGUCCAGCCUGGUGAACCAGAGCAGAGCCAUGCUGGAGGAACAGGCCCGCCACCUGCUGACAGAGACAGAGAGGCAGACCAUGGGCUACUACGUGGAGGAGUACCAAGACGCACACAUAGGGGUGGAGCAGCUGGUCUUGGCCCUGUUUGAACUGCUCAACACACAUGCCAAGUUCGUCCUGCUAUCAGAGGUGCGUGGCCUGGUAACUCCCCAGGAUCUGGAGCGUUUCGAUGGGAUGGUGCUGCGCCACGAGAUCCAGGCUUUGGAGGCUCGGCAGGGGAGUGCCUGUGCGGCCGCUCUCCACUCUGACUCCAUCUCUAUGGUCUCCUACCCAGAUACCCUGGCCUCCUCGUCAACGAGCUACAUGACCUCCACCACCCUCAGUUCUGCACGGGAAAGACUGCUGUGGUUGAUAGAUAUCAUGGAGAAUGACAGUAUGGUGGACAGUAAUGGGGAGGAGUCUCAAGAGAGUCUGGAUGUACUGCCUGACGUCUCUCUGGAUGAGGUGCAUUCCACAUCCGAAUCUUCCCCCACCUAACCCCCAUCCCCCCCAGGGCUGCAGAGGCAUCCCAGCAGACGAGACCAGGUCAAAAAACGCCCUUCCUCCGAAUCCUCCUAUUCUGGACUCUACUUCACCGCCCCUGCCCAUAACCCACCCAAGGACCAGAGGGGGAACCAAGGGUCCCCCUCCUCACCCAAGGUCCCCCUCCAAAAGGAUUUCUCCGUCCCCCAUAAGAGGGACCCCUCCGUCCCCCAUAAGAGGGACCCCUCUGUCCCCCAUAAGAAGGAGGUGGCAACUUCCAAGUUUUCCAUGGUCAACAAGCACGCCAUAGGCCCCUUCCCUAGAGUCCAGUCAUCUAUUAAGACCACCAAACCUGCCGCCCCCCCUCCCCAUAUCCCCCCUCCCCCUCCACUCCCUGCCCCAUCCACACCCUCUCCCCUUCCACACAGCCCGGACAGGGCCUCCUCUGGCUCCAACAAACAGCACUUUGUCAAGGUGGAGAUCCACAGGCCCAAUGCAGAGUCUGACGUCAACGAGGUGCGGUCCCUGCCCCAGUCACGAGGUGCCACCCUGUCCCAGCUGUCAGACAGUGGACAGACACUGAGCGAGGACAGCGGGGUGGACAUUAGCGAGUCGGGGCGACUCAGCAGGGAAAGCAGUCCCCACACACGCCCCCCACGAGACCCCAAGGGGGCACGUGGGGACAGCACCGCCAAACCGCCGGGUCUCUUGGAGCGUACCUCCACACUGGUGAGGGUGGCAAAGAGUGCCAGCACCCUGGGCAUCGCCAUCGAAGGGGGUGCCAACACUCGCCAGCCCCUGCCACGCAUCGUCACCAUACAGAGGGGCGGUUCGGCACACAACUGCGGGCAGCUGCAGGUGGGUCAGGUAAUCCUGGAGGUAAACGGGGUUUCCCUGAGGGGCCGGGAGCACAGGGACGCAGCGCGCCUCAUCGCUGAGGCUUUCAAGACCAAAGAGAGAGAACACGUGGACUUCCUGGUCACGGAGUUCAACGUGGCACUGUAGGAGGAAGUAAAGGAAGAAGAGAAGGAGAGAGAGACUCUUAUCA